GAAACAAGCCCAGCAGUGUGCUGCUGCUAUUGUUGCUCUGCCUGAGGUAAGUCAGCACUAUUUUCAUCAGAGUCCGGACAGACAAUCCAGCGGUUAGUUUAGUACUACUGUAUAAUGUUAAUUAGUAUAUGUUCAGUGAACAUUCUACAAGAGAACACAGAAGGGAGGAUGUUACAGUGUAGAGUAUAUAUUUAGGAAGGAUGUUACAGUAUAGAAUAUAUAUCUCAGGGAGGAUGUUAUAAUAUAAAAUAUAUUUUUAUUUGUUUAACACUUUUUUGGUUACUACAUGAUUCCAUAUGUGUUAUUUCAUAGUUUUGAUGUCUUCAUUAUUAUUUUACAAUGUAGAAAAUAGUAAAAAUAAAGAAAAACCCUGGAAUGAGUUCGUGUCCAAACUUUUGACUGGUACUGUAUAUCUCAGGGAGGAUGUUACAGUAUAGAAUAUAUAUCUCAGGGAGGAUGUUAUAGUAUAGAAUAUAUAUCUCAGGGAGGAUGUUAAAGUGUAGAAUAUAUAUCUCAGGGAGGAUGUUAUAGUAUAGAAUAUAUAUCUCAGUGAGGAUGUUAAAGUGUAGAAUAUAUAUCUCAGGGAGGAUGUUAUAGUAUAGAAUAUAUAUCUCAGGGAGGAUGUUAAAGUGUAGAAUAUAUAUCUCAGGGAGGAUGUUAUAGUAUAGAAUAUAUAUCUCAGGAAGGAUGUUAAAGUGUAGAAUAUAUAUCUCAGGGAGGAUGUUACAGAGUGUAGAAUAUAUAUCUCAGGAAGGAUGUUAAAGUGUAGAAUAUAUAUCUCAGGGAGGAUGUUAUAGUGUAGAAUAUAUAUCUCAGGGAAGAUGUUACAGAGUAAUAAUAAGAUAAUGAUUAGGUGGGGGCUUAUAAUUGUCCUAUUUCACACAAAGUGUGAAUUAUAAAUGUGUUUUUUGCAUAUCCCACUCCCCCUGAGAGAAAGGUCAGAGCCAGGGAUCAGCCAUUAUUGACUGCGACCCUGGAGCAAUUAGGGUUGAGUGCCUUGCUCAAGGGCACAUUGACUGAUUGCUCACCUAGCCGGCUCGGGGAUCUGAACCAGUAACUUUUCGGUUACUGGCCCAAGCUCCUAACCACUAGACUAGCUGCCGCCCAAAGAAGAGCGACAUCAGAAUAUAAUAUAUAUCUCAGGGAGGGCGUUACAGUAUAGACUAUAUAUAUCUCUCAGGGAGGGCGUUACAGUAUAGAAUAUAUAUAUCUCUCAGGGAGGAUGUUACAGAGUGCAGAGGAUAUAUCUCAGUCCAUGUGUAACUGGUAGACAGGGAGGGUGCAGCAGGAAAUCAGAGUCAUAUGAUAGCACAGCACUGACUGGCAAGUCAGCAGGAAAACAGCAGAAAUAUUACUGACACUGUCAGUGGACACAAUGGACUCCACAGUCCCGGUUCCUGCUUGUUUCUGAAAAUAUAAGGCGGCUGUUCCGCCCAUAGAAUCAAGAAUUAGAAUAGGUAAGUUAAUAGGAUCUCCAUGGUUCCACCGAACAAUGUUCAGCUUAUUUACUUAAUGGAUCUAAGAACAACACAUUUAUAAUCAUAUUGCUUGGCUUUAAUACAUUGUUUAUCAUUUUGUUUAUCUUGCUCCAUGGUCUCAUGAGUUGCUGUGUUAUGGUUCAGAUUUGAAACUAAGGACAAUAAAGUGCACAUUAGACUGUGUGUCAGAAUAGUCAUGUUUUAUGUCGGUUUGUGACCAACUGACACCUGUGUCUGUAUCCACCUCAGUUGGCCCUCAGGCACAUAAAUCAGUUAUUUUCCCCUUAAUUCCGUAUAAUAUCCACAAAUCCAUGCCCCUUGUGAUUUUAGUUUUGUAUGAAUUAUAAUUUACAUUUCACAAACAUUAUUCUCUCAUUUAUUUUUACCUUUAUUUAACUAGGCAAGUCAGUUAAGAACAAAUUCUUAUUUACAAUGACGGCCUACACCGGCCAAACCCGGACGACGCUGGGCCAAUUGUGCGCCGCACUAUGGGACUCCCAAUCACGGCCGGUUGUGAUACAGCCUGGAAUCGAACCAGGGGGUCUGUAGUGACGCCUCAAGCACUGAGAUGCAGUGCCUUAAGACCGCUGCGCCACUCGGGAGCCCAUUCUCAUGGGGAGAAUGUGUGUGAUUUGUUUUUGUAAGGCUGUUGUUGGCAUUCCCGUAUAUAUUAUGUAGCACUUGGACUACUCUCCUCUCUUAUUGCAGACUAAAUAGUUGUGUGUCCAGGUCCCAGGAUCAUCUUGGGUCGAAGUGAUCUUCACCAUGUACUCCCCUCAGAGUUUACAUCGCUGGGGCAUCACUCAUACUGAGAGCAUGGAGCGGCUUGCAUACAGUCAAGGUAAACAAAAGCAGAUAGACUAUCAUUUAUCCUCAAUCACAUUGUGGUACAAGACAAUUGGCUGCAAUACUAUUUUUUUUUUAAACUGAGUUUUACUGACACAGACUUGGAAAAACUGGAAUCCUACUGAAAGGCUCCAUUGAAUUAUGAAAACUAUCCAUUUCAGAUAAUUUAUUAACUUUAGAGGGACAUGCAUCAAAUGUAUGUAGUGACACAUUUUUUCAUUUAUGAGUAAGAUUAAUUUCUAUGAAUUUUUGCUGACAAAUAUUCAUGGCUGAUCAUCACUUCUAUUUUCUCUAAACACUGUAUAGAGCUAGGCAAGUAUACCAAUUGUUUUAUUAAUAUUGAAUUACUUAAAUCAUAUUUUUUUUAUUUUACGCCAUUUAAAUAAUUGAUUCAUUUAUAUAUCAUUGCAAUAAAUAAAUAUAUAUAAUAAUAAAUAAUAUGCAGAAACAACUUGGUUUCUUCCAGCCCGCGGUAGAGGGUAGUAGAAUCCCAAGUAUGUCACUCCAUUACGUAGUGCUUUUGUGUGCGUUUUUGACACCACCCAUACGGACCUGAGGGAUUCUGCUUCAUGUGAUCUUUACACUCUACGGCGAAUAAGGGAUAAUAAUUUGUAAUUAAUGAAUGUGAAAGCGGUGUUCACACUUAAAAUGUAGACGAAAUUUGAUGGGCAUUAUAGGGUUGGCAUUGGAUCAUUUAGCAAUGCUAUCCCAGACAUUUCUGCAACAAUGGUCGCCAGGUGAAUUCUCCGUAUGAUAUUUCGACGAUGGCGACACCUGCAGAGCACGACCUUGCAUUAGCUGAAGCAGAGAGCAACAAAGAAAAGUCUCAAGUAUUCGGAAUCCUUAGGUUUCAGGAAGAAAAAUCGGCGGGUGAAAAAGCUAGCACCAACACGUCCACGACCAUGAGAGCAGGGGACGGGAGAUGGCAGGCACCCAUAUUUGCACUAGCCAGGAAAGCAUCGGAGACCUUUUCAGGAAGCAGCAGUCAUGUUUUGGCGAAGGUAGCGGAACCAACAUCUUUUGUAAACGAAUGGAGUGCCCAAGGUAAUUUGGAGUUAUGCGCUCAUCUUGUUUUGUUUGAUUUUGCAUUGUUGAUUGGUAUCAUACAAUCAAUGUAGCAGCAGCGUGCCUCUAUUUCUCUGCCUGCGCAUCGGCGGACGAAUCUGUUUAAAAUUAUUCUCUUAUCAAUUCAAUUCAUUCACUGUCAAAUUGUGAUAACCUUAUGAUGGUUUUGUGUGGUUAACGUGGUUUUUCUACUGACUACUAGCUAGUUAGAACCACACCUCGAGCUCAUAGCGUGAUCAAGAUGCGAUGCUUGCUGCAGUUACUUUGGGUGAUUCAGACCAGCUGCAUCCCUUGUGGAGUGGGAAUAGGCCUGUAAUGCACAAGAAUAGAUCUCUCACACAUGAAAAGUGGUGCGGCAGAAUGACAGCCUACUGACUACUCUGAUCAGAAGCAGAAUAGCAACAUAAUAGAUGACGUCGUUUGCCCCAUGUGUCAGUUGCAUAUUUACAGCUAGAGGCCAGUGCAAAACUGUUUCUGAUCAAUGUUUUCUUCUGGUUUGAUCAGAAAUAGUAAUGAAACACUCAUCACAAAUAUAGUUGAUCAGAAAAGGUUAUUUAUUGGCCAGGAUGAAACCCAAUAACGUGCCUACAUACAGUAUCAUGUCUGUACAACACAUAUUGCAGAGAACUAUGAAAUGUGAGAUGAUGAAUCCGUGACUGUUUAUUGACAUAAUGUAGAUGGGCAUUACAGAUCUCGAUAUGUGCUGUAUGUAUGGGUGCACUACUAUGCAAAACAUAAUGGCAUGGCUCUUUGUUGACAUAUAAUAGGUAGUUUGAAUUGACUACUGCCUAAUGUGUGUCUGUUCCCUUCACUCUCCAGCUCUGCGGGACCCUAUGGCGAUGGAGAGAGCCAACCUGCUGAACAUGGCCAAGCUCAGCAUCAAAGGCCUGAUCGAGUCGGCCCUCAGUUUUGGACGCACACUGGACUCGGACUACCCCCCACUCCAGCAGUUUUUCGUUGUCAUGGAGCACUGCCUCAAACAUGGUCUCAGAGGUAUUCACUUAUCAUCGUUACCAUGGUGCAGAACUAGUUGAAUCCCAUUCAUAAUGGUGACACUGUCAGCGCAUCGACAAAUUUUUAUUACAUAAUGAUUUGUUAUGUUCAUUAAUCAUUACAUAGUGAACACAUACUGCAUCAUCCUCAAUGCCCGCUGUUGGCAGGACGUGCUGGAAUAUACAAAUAUGCUAUAAUGUCCCCUUUCCCAUUAAUUUCUUGAUAGUUAAAAGAUACAACAACAUAAUUUCUCGACUGUGUUGUGUAACAUUACCCAUGAGAUAAGGCUCAAUGUUUGUUUUUGCACCCCCAGUGAAGAAGUCAUUUCUUGGGUACAACAAGUCCUUAUGGGGUCCUCUGGAGAUGGUGGAGAAGUUGUGUCCCGAGGCAGGAGAGAUCGCAGCCAGCGUCAGGGACCUACCAGGACUAAAGUAUGGUACCAGAAGAGAGAGAGAGAGAGAUGACUGUAGCAGACAUUUAGAUGUAGAAAAAACAGAGGGAUUCACUUCUUGAUUAGGGCUUGAUUCAAUCCGAAUCGCCGAAGUUCAGCGCUAUAGCACGCUUGAAAUUUUAAGGUAAUUUCCAAUUGAGCCGACAUAUGUAGCAUUUAUCUUGAAUGCAGUCUCCGCUAAUGAGGGAGCAUUGGCUUUAAAUGUAAAUCGCGCAACAAAGCUGAUCUUCAGCACUACGGAUUAAAUCGAGCCUUAAAAAGCCUUUUAUUUUCUUGGCAUUUAGUUAGAAAUAGUUAAAAACAUGACAAACAGGCCAACGCAUUUCGUCAUGGUGUCAGCCUUCAUGUUUACGCCCUGUAACAGGCUGACACCAUGCCCAAACACGUUGGCUUUUGUUUGUCAUGUUUUGGUAACCCCAGUGAUACAUUUUUCGGUUAACUAAGGGGUUUACCCAUUUGAGCUCAUCAGAACAUUGUAUUUUCUUUCCAGACAUUUCUAUUUUAUGAACCGCGCGUUCACGUUGUUUUAUUUAUUUAUUUGUAGGCCCUAAUGACCACUACGGUUAACUGAAGCAGAAAGUGGACUAAACGUUUAAAAGCACUAGGCCUAAGUGGAUCCCUGUGUUUACUGAUAUGCUAAAGAGAAACUCGAGCUAUAGAACAAGGAAGUGCCUCAAUGUAUUUUUGUACUUUCGCUUCAUGUUUUGUUUAAAGACUGAAACUCUGGUGAAGCAGAAUUUAAGCCCAGAUUGUAAAGGAAAUAUAAAAUAAAGGGAAAGACAUACAGUGCAGUCGGAAAGUCUUCAGACCUUUGGCUUUUUCCACAUUUUGUUACGUUACAGCCUUAUUCUAAAAUUGAUUAAAUUGCUUUUUUUCCUCAUCAAUCUACACACAAUAAUGACAAAGCAAAAACAGGUUUUCAUUUUUUUGGGCAAAUUAAAAUAAAUAAAUAAAUAAUAAUCAAUCAAUCAAUCAAUCAAUUUUAUUUUAUAUAGCCCUUCUUACAUCAGCUAAUAUCUCGAAGUGCUGUACAGAAACCCAGCCUAAAACCCCAAACAGCUAGUAAUGCAGGUGUAGAAGCACGGUGGCUAGGAAAAACUCCCUAGAAAGGCAAAACCUAGGAAGAAACCUAGAGAGGAACCAGGCUAUGAGGGGUGGCCAGUCCUCUUCUGGCUGUGCCGGGUGGAGAUUAUAACAGAACCAUGCCAAGAUGUUCAAAAAUGUUCAUAAGUGACAAGCAUGGUCAAAUAAUAAUCAGGAAUAAAUCUCAGUUGGCUUUUCAUAGCCGAUCAUUAGAGUUUAAAACAGCAGGUCUGGGACAGGUAGGGGUUCCAUAACCGCAGGCAGAACAGUUUAAACUGGAAUAGCAGCAAGGCCAGGCGGACUGGGGACAGCAAGGAGUCACCACGGCCGGUAGUCCCGACGUAUGGUCCUAGGGCUCAGGUCUCUCAGUUGGCUUUUCAUAGCCGAUCAUUUAGAGUUGAAAACAGCAGGUCUGGGACAGGUAGGGGUUUCGUAGCCGCAGGCAGAACAGUUGAAACUGGAAUAGCAGCAAGGCCAGGCGGACUGGGGACAGCAAGGUGUCAUCAUGCCCGGUAGUCCUGACGUAUGGUCCUAGGGCUCAGGUUCUCAGAGAGAAAGAGAGAACGAGAGAAUUAGAGAGAGCAUACUUAAAUUCACACAGGACACUGGAUAAGACAGGAGAAGUACUCCAGGUAUAACCAACUAACCCCAGCCCCCCGACACAUAAACUACUGCAGCAUAAAUACUGGAGGCUGAGACAGGAGCGGUCCGGAGACACUGUGGCCCCAUCCGAAGAAACCCCCGGACAGGGCCAAACAGGAAGGAUAUAACCCCACCCACUCCGCCAAAGCACAGCCCCCGCACCACUAGAGGGAUAUCCCCAACCACCAACUUACAAUCCUGAGACAAGGCCGAGUAUAGCCCACAGAGGUCUCCACCACAGCACAAACCAAGGGGGGGGGCGCCAACCCAGACAGGAAGAUCACGUCAGUAACUCAACCCACUCAAGUGACGCACCCCUCCCAGGGACGGCAUGAAAGAGCACCAGCAAGCCAGUGACUCAGCCCCUGCAACAGGGUUAGAGGCAGAGAACCCCAGUGGAGAGGGGAACCGGCCUGGCAGAGACAGCAAGGGCUGUUCGUUGCUCCAGCCUUUCCGUUCACCUUCACACUCCUGGGCCAGACUACACUCAAUCAUAUGACCUACUGAAGAGAUAAGUCUUCAGUAAAGACUUAAAGGUUGAGACCGAGUCUGCGUCUCUCACAUGGGUAGGCAGACUGUUCCAUAAAAAUGGAGAUCUAUAGGAGAAAGCCCUGCCUCCCGCUGUUUGCUUAGAAAUUCUAGGGACAAUUAGGAGGCCUGCGUCUUGUGACCGUAGCGUACGUAUUGGUAUGUACGGCAGGACCAACUCGGAAAGAUAGGUAGGAGCAAGCCCAUGUAACGCUUUAUAGGUUAACAGUAAAACCUUGAAAUCAGCCCUUGCCUUAACAGGAAGCCAGUGUAGGGAAGCUAGCACUGGAGUAAUAUGAUCAAAUUUCUUGGUUCUAGUCAGGAUUCUAGCAGCCGUAUUUAGCACUAACUGAAGUUUAUUUAGUGCUUUAUCCGGGUAGCCGGAAAAUAGAGCAUUGCAGUAGUCCAAUCUAGAAGUAACAAAUGCAUGGAUCAAUUUUUCUGCAUCAUUUUUGGACAGAACAUUUCUGAUUUUUGCAAUGUUACGUAGAUGGAAAAAAGCUGUCCUUGAAACAGUCUUGAUAUGUUCGUCAAAAGAGAGAUCAGGGUCAAGAGUAACGCCUAGGUCCUUCACAGUUUUAUUUGAGACGACUUUACAACCAUCAAGAUGAAUUGUCAGAUUUAACAGAAGAUCUCUUUGUUUCUUGGGACCUAGAACAAGCAUCUCUGUUUUGUCCGAGUUUAAAAGUAAAAAGUUUUCAGCCAUCCACUUCCUUAUGUCUGAAACACAGGCUUCUAGCGAGGGCAAUUAAUAAUGAAAUAUUACAUUUACAUAAGGAUUCAGACCCUUUACUCAGUACUUUGUUGAAGCACCUUUGACAGCGAUUACAGCCUUGAGUCUUCUUGGGUAUGACGCUACAAGCUUGGCACACCUGUAUUUGGGGAGUUUCUCCCAUUCUUCUCUGCAGAUCCUCUCAAGCUCUGUCAGGUUGGAUGGGGAGUGUCGCUGCACAGCUAUUUUCAGGUCUCCAGAGAUGUUAGAUCGGGUUUAAGUCCAGGCUCUGGCUGGGCCACUCAAUGACAUUCAGAGACUUGUCCCGAAGCCACUCCUGCGUUGUCUUGGCUGUGUGCUUAGGGUUGUUGUCCUGUUGGAAGGUGAACCUUCUCCCCAGACUGAGGUCCUGAGCGCUCUGGAGCAGGUUUUCGUCAAGGAUCUCUCUGUACUUUGCUCCGUUCAUCUUUCCCUCGAUCCUGACUAGUCUCCCAGUUCCUGCUGCUGAAAAACAUCCCCACAGCAUGAUGCUGCCACCACCACCAUGCUUCACCGUAGGGAUGGUGCCAGGUUUCCUCCAGACGUGACGCUUGGCAUUCAGGCCAAAGUGUUAAAUCUUGGCUUCAUCAGACCAGAGAAUCUUGUUUCUCGUGGUCUGAGAGUCCUUUAGGUGCCUUUUGGCAAACUCCAAGCGGGCUGUCAUGUGCCUUUUACUGAGGAGUGGCUUCCGUCUGGCCACUUUACCAUAAAGGCCUGAUUGGUGGAGUGCUGCAGAGAUGGUUGUCCUUCUGGAAGGUUCUCCCAUCUCCACAGAGGAACUCUGGAGCUCUGUCAGAGUGACUAUUGGGUUCUUGGUCACCUCCCUGACCAAGGCCCUUCUCCCCUGAUUGCUCAGUUUGGCUGGGCGGCCAGCUCUAGGAUGAGUCUUGGUGGUUCCAAACUUCUUCCAUUUAAGAAUGAUGGAGGCCACUGUGUUCUUGGGGACCUUCAAUGUUGCAGAAAUUUUUUGGUACCCUUCCCCAGAUCUGUGCCUCGACACAAUCCCGUCUCGGAGCUCUAUGGACAAUUCCUUCGACCUCAUGGCUUGUUUUUUGCUCUGACAUGGACUGUCAACUGUGGGACCUUAUAUAGACAGGUCUGUGCCCUUUCCAAAUCAUGUCCAAUCAAUUGAAUUUACCACAGGUGGACUCCAAUCAAGUUGUAGAAACAUCUCAAGGAUGAUCAAUGGAAACAGGAUGCACCUGAGCUCAAUUUCGAGUCUCAUAGCAAAGGUCUGAAUACUUAUGUAAAUAAGGUAUUUCUGUUUCUUUGUUAUUUUUUGCCAAAAAAAUUUAAACCCUGUUUUUGCUUUGUCAUAAUAGGGUAUUGUGUGUAGAUUGGUGAGGAACAUUUGUAUUAAAUCCAUUUUAGAAUAAGGCUGUAACGUAACAAUGUGGAAAAAGGGAAGGGUCUGAAUACUUUGCCACUAUAUGUUCUAUAACCUUGGAAAGCAAGCAGACACAUUUUCCUCUUGUGUGCUUUAAAGUUGAUGACUCAGCCGGGCUGUUAAAUAUUAUGGAAACAACUUGCAUGUCGAUCAUAAAUCAUCCACGCCACAUCUAAUGUCAACACACAUACAGUACACAGUGUUUGGAUGGUUUCAUAUGACUCAUUCACUAGUUAGUAUUGCCCCCCUUCCAAUGGGCCGCUCUUCACUUUGAAUGUAAAAAGUAAUAUCAUAUAUAAAUAUGUGUUGUUGGCCUAAUGGCUGUAGUUUUUGUUCUGUUGUUGUAGGACUCCGCUGGGCAGAGCUCGGGCCUGGCUACGUCUGGCCCUGAUGCAGAAGAGGCUGGCUGAUUACCUCCACCUUCUGAUUACCAGAAAGGACCUGCUGAGGUACUGGAAGGACCCCCAGUCUCAACUCACUCAAACAAUACUGGUUUUCUCACACACAUCUUCACCUCCAUUCAAAGUCCUUGUCCGAUAAUGCCUAUCAUAAGUAUUCACCCCCCUUGAAUCUUCAAAUUGUAUUGUUACCAAAUUGGGAUUUAAUUAACAUUUUGUCAAUGAUCUACACAAAACACUCUGUCAAAGUGAAAGAAAAAUUCAACAACAACUAAAUUAAGAGUAAUGAAAAAUAAAACGAAUAUACCUUGAUUAGAUAAGUAUUCACCCCCCUGAGUCAAUACAUGUUAGAAACACCUUUGGCAGUGAUUACAGCUGUGAGUCUUAUUAGGUAAGUCUCUAAGAGCUUUGCACACCUGGAUUGUGCAACAUUUGCCCAUUUAUUCUUUUCAAAAUUGUUCAAGCUCUAUCAAGGUGUUGGUGAUCAUUGCUAGACAGCAAUUUUCAAGUCUUGUCAUAUAUUUUCAAGCAGAUUUUAGUCAAAACUGUAACUUGGCCACUCAUGAACAUUCACUGUCUUCUUGGUAAGCAACUUGUGUACAGUCGUGGUCAAAAGUUUUGAGAAUGACACAAGUAUUGGUCUUCACAAAGUUCGCUGCUUCAGUGUUAUGAGAUAUUUUUGUCAGAUGUUACUAUGGUAUACUGAAGUAUAAUUACAAGCAUUCCAUAAGUGUCAAAGGCUUUUAUUGACAAUUACAUUAAGUUUAUGCAAAGAGUCAAUAUUUGCAGUGUUGACCCUUCUUUUUCAAGACCUCUGCAAUCUGCCCUGACAUGCUGUCAAUUAACUUCUGGGCCACAUCCUGACUGAUGGCAGCCCAUUCUUGCAUAAUCAAUGCUUGGAGUUUGUCAGAAUUUGUGGGUUUUUGUUUGUCCACCCGCCUCUUGAGGAUCGACCACAAAUUCUCAAUGGGAUUAAGGUCUGGGGAGUUACCUGUCCAUGGACCCAAAAUGUUGAUGUUUUGUUCCCCGAGCCACUUAUCACUUUUGCCUUAUGGCAAGGUGCUCCAUCAUGCUGGAAAAGGCAUUGGUCGUCACCAAACAGUUCUUGAAUGGUUGGGAGAAGUUGCUCUCGGAGGAUGUGUUGGUACCAUUCUUUAUUCAUGGCUGUGUUCUUAGGCAAAAUUGUGAGUGAGUCCACUCCCUUGGCUGAGAAGCAACCCCACACAUGAAUGGUCUCAGGAUGCUUUACUGUUGGCAUGACACAGGACUGAUAGUAGCGCUCACCUUGUCUUCUCCGGACAAGGUGUUUUCCGGAUGCCCCAAACAAUCGGAAAGGGGAUUCAUCAGAGAAAAUGACUUUACCCCAGUCCUCAGCAGUCCAAUCCCUGUACCUUUUGCAGAAUAUCAGUCUGUCCCUGAUGUUUUUCCUGGAGAGAAGUGGCUUCUUUGCUGCCCUUCUUGACACCAGGCCAUCCUCCAAAAGUCUUCGCCUCACUGUGCGUGCAGAUGCACUCACACCUGCCUGCUGCCAUUCCUGAGCAAGCUCUGCACUGGUGGUGCCACGAUCCCGCAGCUGAAUCAACUUUAGGAGACGGUCCUGGCGUUUGCUGGACUUUCUUGGGUGCCCUGACGCCAUCUUCACAACAAUUGAACCUCUCUCCUUGAAGUUCUUGAUGAUCCGAUAAAUGGUUGAUUUAGGUGCAAUCUUACUAGCAGCAAUAUCCUUGCCUGUGAAGCCCUUUUUGUGCAAAGCAAUGAUGAUGGCACGUGUUUCCUUGCAGGUAACCAUGGAUAACAGGAAGAACAAUGUUUUCAAGCACCACCCUCCUUUUAAAGCUUCCAGUCUGUUAUUCUAACUCAAUCAGCAUGACAGAGUGAUCUCCAGCCUUGUCCUCGUCAACACUCUCACCUGUGUUAACGAGAGAAUCACUGACAUGAUGGCAGCUGGUCCUUUUGUGGCAGGGCUGAAAUGCAGUGGAAAUGUUUUUGGGGGAUUAAGUUCAUUUUCAUGGCAAAUAGGGACUUUGCAAUUCAUCUGAUCACUCUUCAUGACAUUCUGGAGUAUAUGCAAAUUGCCAUCAUCAAAACUGAGGCAGCAGACUUUGUGAAAAUUAGUAUUUGUGUCAUUCUCAAAACUUUUGACCACGACUGUAGAUUUGGCCUUAUUGUCCUGCUGAAAGGUGAAUUAUUCUCCCAGUCUCUGAAGACUGAACCAGGUUUUUGUCUAGUAUUUUGCCUGUGCUAACUCCAUCCCAUUUAUUUGUAUCCUGAAAAACUCCCCAGUCUUUGCUGAUGUCAAGCAUACCCAUAUUUUUUUUUUCUUCAUUUUAGUCAUUUAGCAGACGCUCUUAUCCAGAGCGACUUAGUUAGCGAGUGCAUACAUUUUUCAUACUGGCCCCCCGUGGGAAUCAAACCCACAACCCUGGCGUUGCAAGCGCCAUGCUCUAUCAACUGAGCUACAGGAGGGCCAUACCAUGAUGCAGCCACCAUUUACAUUUACAUUUUAGUCAUUUAGCAGAGGCUCUUAUCCAGAGCGACCUACAGUUAGUGAGUGCAUACAUGAUGCAGCCACCACCAUGCUUGAAAAUAAGGAGGCAGUUACUCUUGUGUUGUGUUGUGUUGGAUCUGCCCCAAACGCUUUGCAUUUAGGCCAAAAAGUGUAUUCCUUUGCCAUGUUUUUUUGCAGUAUUACUUUAGUGACUUGUUGCAUACAGGAUGUAUGUUUUGGAAUAUUCUGUAUAUUUGUUAGGUUAGGAUUGUGGAGUAACUACAAUGUUGUUGAUCCAUCCUCAGUUUUCUCCCAUCACAGCCAUUGAACUCUAGCUAUUUUAAAAUCACCAAUGGCCUCAUGGUGACAUCCCUGAGCAGUUUCCUUCCUGUCCUGCAGCUCAGUUCAGAAGGAUGACUGCAUCUUUGAUGUGUCUGGGUGGUUUAAUACAUCAUCCACAGCAUAAUUAUUAACUUGACCAUACUUAAAGAGAUAUUCAAUAUCUGAUUUGUUAUUGUUAACCAUCUACCAAUCACUGCCCUUCUUUAUGAGGCGUUCGAAAAGCUCCCUUUUCUUUGUAGUUGAAUCUGUGUUUGAAAUUAAUUACUUGAAUGAGGGACCUUACAGAUGUUGUAUGUAUGACGGACAGAGGAAGAGGUAGUCAUUCAAAAAUCAUGUCAACCACUAUUAUUUCACACAGAGUGAGUCCAUGCAACUUAUUAUGAUUUUUUAAGCCAAAUUUGACUCCUGAACUAAUUUAGGCUUGCCUAAACAUUGGGGGUGAAUACCUAUGUAACGACUAUAUUUUAGUUAUUUAAUUGUUAUUAAUUUGUAAACAUUGUAUGUGUGUUGAUGAUUUGAUGUGAAAUAUGUUUCUCUGUGUGUUUUGCACCCACAGUGAUUUCUAUGAGAAUUCUGCUGUGAUGGUAGAGGAGGAGGGUGCUGUCAUCGUUGGCCUGCUGGUGGGACUCAAUGUGAUCGAUGCCAACCUGUGUGUCAAGGGAGAAGACCUGGAUACACAGGUGAGAGUCAACCCCCCCCCCCCCCCCCCCUCACCUUACUUCAGUCAUUGUUCUAAAACUCCCAAUAACAACCUUUAAAAUAGGCAAGUGAGAGGACACCUCAGUGUUAUUCAGGGUCCUACCCGCGGACACAGGAUCAGCGUUCCUUUCACCUCGUGGAGAUUACUCGUCUCAUCCCAACAAACGAAUCAAACUAGUAUCUACAACUGUUACAGUGCAAACAAAUUAGUAUCAUCUGAACUGUUCAGCUGUGUUUAAGCGCACAUUUAUACUCCAAUCCUCUCAACCCAAUUUGAGAAGGAAUAUACUGGUCAAAGUUGAACAUACUGGUGUGUGACAUUUUUAUAUUUCUUAGGUUGGGGUCAUUGACUUCUCCAUGUACUUGAAAAAUGACAUUGAUGACUACAGAAGUGAAGAAAGGUAAAGUAGAUACUCUCGUUACUUUAACGAGAUGUAAUAUAUCCAUUAAAACACAUCUACUACUAGACAUUGUCUUGGAUACGCUGAGAAAGACACAAGUAUAUCAAAAUACUUGAAAGUUUUGAACAUAAAUGUUCUCAUUUACUGAUUUAUUUUCCAUGAUUUGUUUUCUCAAUAGAAAUGGUCAAAUAGCAGCCAUCCUGGACCAGAAGAACUACGUUGAAGAAUUAAACAGACAGCUUAAGUAAGUAUAUCUUUAGCUUUUUUCUUUACCAUACUGUAUCGUUGUGAUUUUUUUUUGUGUGUGUGAUAAUCGUUUAGCGUGUUUUUUUAGCUGAUGAGGCUCUAAUUCAGGUCAAGUUGUUGACACUGGUUACAGAUGGACAAAGAUGUCUCUUCUGUUCUAUCCUCUUACGGUCAUCGCACAACCUCUACAGAACUCAAGCUCACUAGUUCAACAGCAGGAAAUUGAAUUAUAAAAGACAAUGAAAGUACUUGUGUUUUGUGAGGACGUUAACUCAUGUUCUUUUGUGAGGACGUUUAAGGCUGUUUUGAACAUGCGAUAGACUUACUUGAAGCAGUGUGCUUCUUCAAACAUCUGUUGGGAGAGACUAAAUGUGGAAUGGUGCUAAAUUAGCACUUGUAUCUUUGGCACAGUUCUUCAGUACACGGCUUACAAGGGAGGGUCGAUAACUUGGAGAAAUCAAACUCUAAACUCAUUGAGGAGGUAUGGCAAAGUCUCUUAUUAGUUCUGUUCUAACAUUCUGAAUCAUUUAUCGUUUUAUACAUCUGAUUUUCAUUUUAACCUCUUUUCAUUGUAGCUGGCGAUUGCAAAGAACAACAUAAUCAAACUACAAGAGGAGAAUCAUCAGCUUAGAAAUGAGAACACUAUUAUUCUCAUGAAUGCUCAGCAGCAACUUGAGGUAUGCCUUUUAUAAGGUCCUGUUCGCUGUCUGGGUCAGUCAGACUUAAAACCGUGUUCCUCAUUUGUAGUGUUUUGAGGUAUUAGGAAAUGUGGGUGUGGUCUAAUCCAUUAAUGUCUCCUCUGUUGAUGUGUCGCUAUCUGUCAGGUGACCCAGGUGGACGUCGACGUGGAGCUGGACACCUAUAAGAAGUCGAGGCAGGGCCUGGACGAGAUGUACAACGAGGCCAGGAGACAACUCAGGGAGGAGUGUCAACUACGCCAGGUCAGUUGGUAGAGCAUGGCGUUUGCAACGGCAGGGUUGUGGGUUCGAUUCCCACGGUGGGCCAGUAAAAAAAUAAAAUAAAAAAAACAUAAAUAAAAAAUAAUGAAUGCACUCAGUAAGUCGCUCUGGAUAAGAGUGUCUGCUAAAUGACUAAAAAUGUAAAAUGUAAAAUUUUCAGUUGAAACCCAUUGAACCCAAAGGUUUUUUUUUUCGAGGCAGAGGAAACAGCUACUUUAGAAAGGGGAGACUAUCUCACCUAUACAAUAGAGGAAACUGCCAACAUAAGCCAACGCAGAAUUCUGAAAUGGUAAUCUUGGGUUGUAAGGAGCAGUCAGUAGCAUUGUCUGUGUGAGGAAGGUCAGUGCUUUACAGUUGAGCAGGAUUUGGGUUGACGGACAGCUGUUCUCCUUGUCCACCACUUUAGGAUGUGGAGAAUGAGUUGGUGGUGCAGGUGAGCAUGAAGCAGGAGAUGGAUCUGGCCAUGAAACUGUUGGAGAAGGACAUCCACGAGAAGCAGGACACACUGAUCGGCUUGCGCCACCAGCUGGACGAUGUCAAGGCCAUCAACGUGGAAAUGUACACAAAAAUACAGGUGCCGUGGAGCUUUUUGUGUGGCACAUUUUGCUGGUGAUUUUGUGCAUGGAGUAGGCUAUGUUGUUUGUUACAUAUCAGGUUGUGUUCCAGUGACUAUACUGAUCUGAUGGCUUUGCUGUGUUGUCGACCAGACUUCCGAUGACGGCAUGAAACAGAAGAACGACAUGAUCACUCGUUUGGAGGAGAAGACCAAUCAAAUCACAGCAACCAUGAAACAGCUGGAGCAAAGGUAAGGGAGUUGACUUAAAGAUCCUCUUAAGUCAUUUGAAGUGAAGGCCCGGUUUCCUGGACACAGAGUAAACUUUUCCCUGGACAUAAAAAAGUAAUUUCAGUGGAGAUUUAUAGUCCAGGACUAGGCUUAAUCUGUAUGCAGGAAACCGGCCCAUAAUGUGGCAUGCAAAGUAUUUUCUCUUUUUGCAUGUAGGUGUAUUAUUAUGAAUGUACGUUUUACCAUAUUGCAAAUCCCUUUUGGAGCAUUGACUUGGCUGUAGUCUAGUUGUGUGAUGCGAUCACAGCUCUGUCAUGUCUCAGUCAACAUGGACCAUCCCUUCCCUUCUCUUCCAGUCGUUUAACGCCAUCUUCGUUGUGAUAUUUCUAUGAGAAUACUUUGUUUAACAAUUUCUUAUUUAUUUUGGUCAAAUGGAAGUUCCCUGAUAUUGACAUCCUCUUUCUCUUGUUCUUUUCUUUGUCUUUUAUUGCUUUCAUCUUUUACCCUCAUACGUUUAAUUUCAUACUUAUUUCUACAUCGAUCUUUUACCCUCAUACGUUUAAUUUCAUACUUAUUUCUACAUCGAUCUUUUACCCUCAUACGUUUAAUUUCAUACUUAUUUCUACAUCGAUCUUUUACCCUCAUACCUUUAAUUUCAUACUUAUUUCUACAUCGAUCUUUUACCCUCAUACGUUUUAAUUUCAUACUUAUUUCUACAUCGUACUUUUACCCUCAUACGUUUAAUUUCAUACAUAUUUCUACAACAAUCUUUUAUCCUCAUAUGUUUAAUUUCAUACUUAUUUCUACAUUGAUCUUUUACCCUCAUACGUUUAAUUUCAUACUUAUUUCGACAUCGAUCUUUUACCCUCAUACGUUUAAUUUCAUACUUAUUUCGACAUCGAUACACCUCCUGUUUUGUCUACUUGGCCUCGAUAGUGAUAAAGAUUUGCUAAGCCAGACGCGAACGCUCGCCAUGUCAUUUGUCAAAUGUGCCAGCGCAGACACUGAGCACCAAUACAAGCUUGUUAAAGACAUCUCUUUCUGAGCAUUCAAACACAACCACUAACUCUCAGCAAACACUAGGCAGGGGAUUUGUUCAUAUGCAGUAUCGUAAAGUAAUGGGUUGACUGUUCUUGAAAAGUUAGUUUGUUGGUUUUUGAAUCAGUCUAAUGUUAAGACGAGCUUCUUUCACAAAAGGAAGUUUUGUAGUGCAUCCCAUUAUUGUGGUACUGUAAUAACUAAUACACUUAAACAUAUCUGUAAGAGCAAAUACUCUACUCAUUAUAGCCAAUAAAAAGUAUAAUAAUUGUAUUUUAUCACAUGAAACAAUAAAGUUAGAUGUUUUGAAAUUGUGGACUUGGAAUUAAUCUUUUCAAAUAAUUGCCAGCGUUAGAUCAGCUCCCUGAGUGUUUCCAUAGAAAUGUAACGAACUGUCCUGCCACUGUCUGGCCAUCUUCUCUUCAGAAGGGUCUGCCUGUAGAUGUUUGGCCUCCCCCUUUUCUUUUGACAGUUUGUCCCAUUGCAUCCCAACCACCUGCACCCAUUUUCCUUGUGAUUGGAGCCUCAGUUUUACCCAGUUGGUUUGAAUUACACCAGAUUACAGGAGGCUGAUCGGGACUGCUGGACCGCAGAAGAUGGAGCGCGCAAAUUCAAGCAGGACUUUGCCAACAAAGCCGACAGCCUCCAAAAGCAGAUAGCCCAGAGAGAGAACCAGAGGUAAGUACACAUGCAUACGGUAUAUUCAUAGCAGCUCUUAGUACUUCUUCCUUCUAUGUAAUAUGAAGAUUUGGGGCUCUAUUCAUUCCAUAUCGUGGAAAUUCAGCAUUACAGCGUGAUUUGAAAUUUAAAGGCGAUGUUCACGUGUUAGCGGAGACUGCAUUCGCGGUAAACGCUGCGUAUGUCGGCUCAGUCUGAAAUUACCUUUACAUUCCUGGCACGCUAUCUGUAACGCUUGAAGAUUGAAUAGAGUUCUAAAACACAAUAAUCUGGCUGUAAUCCGGGAUGUUGUUCCUGUUGUAGGUUGCAGCUGGAGACCGACCUAAAGAUUGAGAAGGAGUGGCAGCAGACCUUACAAAACGACCUGGAGAGGGAACGUGGGAACGUCGCCCAGCUCAGUGCUGAAGCCCAGCAAAUAAAUGGACUUAAAAAUGUUUGUGAGGGUUCCUCGUGGGGCUUUUUGUGACAUUGUGGCAUUUAAAAAGUAUUAUGUUCAAGUUCAACAUAUUUUCGUUGUGUCACAGGGAUAGAGUAUAUUUACACACACAGUGGACUGAUGUAUUUGACAUGUUUUUCUCCAGGAGUUCCACAAGCUGCAGGAUGAGAACAGCCAGCUGACGGGGAUAUGUGACGAACAGGAGCAGGCCCUGGAGGAGCUGGGCUGCAAACUUAGCGAGUACUUGUCUAUUUUAAACUCCUCAUUUGAUGUAUGUUUUUAUUUAACACUGUCUAUCUUUCAAAUAGGAAUGCAGCCUCUUACCCCCAUCAGUUAGAGACAUCUCAACGUACCUUUUUAAGAAAGGAGUGGAACAAGCUUUUAUGUUGUGGAGGAGGGACUAUAACCCCAUCCAUUAUCCCUUUACAUGCCUCUUGGCCUUAGUUUGUGCACAUACUGUUGCAAAGUUCCAGGUAGGAAUUUUGCAUGAAAGAAUAGAGAGACAUGAACUCUUUAAACUGAUGCUUGCCUUGUCUUAUUCUUAACACAGAUCAAAACUUAAAAUCGAAGACAUAAAAGAGGCAAAUAAAGCUCUUCAGGUAAGUGUCUCUCGAAUUCUACAUCGUUAUCCAAAUGAAAGUUCAGUCCAUUUUGUUCUUAUGACAACAACUGAACUACUAACACGCAUGUUGACCUUGGCCAGUGCUGUUCCAUGAGUCGCCUAUCUAACAAUGAAAUAUUCCAGGGGGGGCAGAUCUGGCUGAAGGACAAAGAAGCUAACAUCUGUAAACUGUGUGAGAAGGAGUUCUCCAUCUCUCGGAGAAAGGUUAGGAUAAACUCGUUACAUUUUUUGUGUGAAAUUAAUUGGGACAGUGCUGAACCAGCAUGCAACACAAAAAAGAUGUGACAUAGUUUUACGAUAAGAAUGGCAACUAUGCAAACCAUAACCCACAUAUUUUCCUUGCGGUGUACUUCUUGCCUAGAUGAGCUGAUUUUGUGUUUUCCAUGCGUCUCAUUUCUCUAGCACCACUGUAGAAACUGUGGGGAGAUCUUCUGCAAUGCCUGCUCUGACAACGAGCUGCCCCUCCCUGCCUCGCCAAAACCAGUGAGGGUCUGUGAUACGUGCCACGCCCUUCUCCUCCAACGCUGCUCCUCAAAUGCCACGUGAGAUGCACCCUUUCAGCCCCAUCCGCAGCUUUAACUCAAUCCCCACCUCCCUGCAGCUCAAACUACCAGGAAACCUCUGAGCUUGUGUGACUGUUAUCAGGUGUCAAGCAUUUAUAUUCUACAAGGUAUCGUCCUUUUGUGUAACAUGAGAUUUUAGAUGUUAUAUCUGUGACACUUCUAUGACACUAAGGCUGCAUUUAGACAGGCAGCCC